AAACCAGAUCUCUUUGGUCCCACUUUCUUACUCGCACUACAACCAUUCAAAAACAACGCUUCUCUAUUUAUACACCUCGCCACCUCUCUUCUCUAUCGCCGCCUCUCUCUGUCAAAACUCUCAUUAGCUAAUUUCUCUCUUUAUUCCACCGUAAAAAAUGGCAGGAACCGGAGUGGUAGCUGUCUACGGUAACGGCGCACUGACGGAGACCAAGAAAUCUCCUUUCUCCGUCAAAGUAGGUCUCGCCCAGAUGCUCCGUGGCGGCGUCAUAAUGGACGUCGUUACUCCCGAGCAAGCACGUAUCGCCGAAGAAGCUGGCGCUUGUGCCGUCAUGGCUCUUGAGCGUGUCCCUGCCGAUAUUCGCGCGCAAGGCGGCGUGGCUCGCAUGUCAGACCCACAACUUAUUAAAGAAAUCAAACAGUCCGUUACAAUCCCCGUCAUGGCCAAGGCCCGUAUAGGCCACUUUGUUGAGGCUCAAAUUCUAGAAGCCAUAGGGAUUGAUUACGUGGACGAAAGUGAAGUUUUAACUCCGGCCGACGAAGAGAACCACAUUAACAAACACAACUUUCGGAUUCCCUUCGUUUGCGGUUGCCGGAACUUAGGCGAGGCCCUGCGGCGGAUUCGCGAAGGUGCGGCGAUGAUACGGACCAAGGGCGAGGCUGGUACCGGGAAUGUUGUCGAAGCCGUUACGCAUGUGCGGUCCGUGAUGGGUGAUAUUAGGGUUUUGAGGAACAUGGACGAUGAUGAGGUGUUCACUUUCGCGAAAAAGAUUGCGGCGCCGUACGAUUUGGUGAUGCAGACGAAGCAGUUGGGAAGGUUGCCGGUGGUGCAAUUCGCGGCCGGCGGGGUGGCGACGCCGGCGGACGCGGCGCUGAUGAUGCAGCUUGGUUGUGACGGGGUUUUUGUUGGGUCCGGUGUGUUCAAGAGUGGAGACCCUGUGAAGCGGGCCCAGGCUAUUGUACGGGCUGUGACGCAUUAUAGUGACCCGGAGGUGGUGGCGGAGGUGAGUUGCGGGUUGGGUGAAGCCAUGGUGGGGCUCAAUUUGAAGGAUGAGAAGGUUGAGAGGUUCGCCAGUCGAUCCGAAUAAAAGAAAAGAGGUGAGGUAUGAAGAAUACUGAGAUGAUAGCCAACAGGCAGACUUUUCAACCUGGGGAAUUCAGCUGAAGAUCGGUGCAGGAUCCUUUGUCUUCUGCAAACCAUUUAAAUGUAGUUUACAUCCAGUGAGAUGUACUUUGUGUAUAAUAUUUGACUUAGCUGUUCUUUUUUAUGGUUCUUUAUUCUGCAUUUCCUUGAAUUUUGAACUUCAGUAUGAUGGAGGAUUAGGGCCUGUCAACAGUUUGCUUUGAAGAAAAUAAUAUUAGUUUAACUUUUCAAGUGCC